UACCGCGUCAGUCGCCCGAUGAUUGCGACCGUAUAUACGUCGCACGCACGAGCCAUGAAUUGAGCUCGCGUACGCUCGUGCCGCGUCGUCGUUUUAUCUUUUUUUUUUUAAUUUAUCCCGUUGAGCGCAUCUUUUUUAUUUUACAUUUUGCACUCACGCGCGGGACAAAUACGGAGUUCUUCAUUCGAAAAAUUUGGCGGAAGUGCGGGACCCUGAAGGAUACACGUACUAACAUAUAUAUUUGCGUGCAAAGUGCGUGCCUCUGUGACCCCUCUUUCUCUCUCUCACACACACACACACACACACACUCUCUCUCUCUCUCUCUCUCUCUCUCUCUCUCUCUCUCUCUCUCUCUCCUCUUAAAAGAGCGCAAGUGAAAGAGAACAAGGAAUAGAGAGAAGCAAACAAGACGAAAAAAAACGCGAAAAGAGGAGAGGGACCACGGCGUGCGAUGGCUGUGCGGCCACGCAUCGGCCCUUCCGGUGGUGAAUGCGCUUCCGGAAGUGUCGAGCACCUCACCGGGAUAUUCGUCGUGCGAUGGACCGCCAGGAAUACGCUCGUCGUUGCAACGGUGUUCGCCGUUCUCCUCGGCAUCACCGACGUCUUGGCCAUCAGAUCGGGCGAUGGCUGCGGGAAUAACAUGUUCAGGUGCAACGAUGGCAAAUGUAUACAGUCGAUUCUGGUGUGCGAUUACCGCGGAGACUGCGACGACAAUAGCGAUGAAAUGCAAUCGUGUCCGCCGCCUGAUUGCGAGAUUGGUCAAAUCACGUGUGGCCAAUACAGUUUCAACAAAACAUACUGCAUACCCCCGCAUCAACGAUGUGAUAUGACCGUCGAUUGCGUCGAUGGCACUGAUGAAGACGGCUGUACAUACAGGAAGUGUCAGCCAGAUGACUUCAGGUGCGUUGGAACCACACCGGAACUUUGCAUACCCAAAGAAAAGAAGUGCGACGGUUACUUGGACUGCCGGAAUGGCAGGGACGAGGAAAGAUGUGAAAAUUAUAUGAAGUCGGCUUGUCGAUUGGAUCAAUUCAGGUGCAACAUCACGCAACGCUGCGUCGAGCAGAGCGCAAGGUGCAAUCACUGGGACGACUGUGGUGACAACAGCGACGAAGAACACUGCAGUUUCCCGCCUUGCACCAGUGACCAGUUUCGAUGCGCCAAUGCGCUCUGCAUUCCCAUAGCAUAUCAAUGUGACGGUUAUAAAGAUUGUCAGGAUGGUUCCGACGAGAAAUCCUGCACAAUGACAGUCUGUCCAGGAAACAAGUUCAUGUGCCCGAAAGGUGGGCCGGAUGGAAAACCAUUAUGCAUAAACCGAUCUCAGCUGUGUGAUGAAAAACAGGAUUGCGAAGAUGGAUCGGACGAGGAAGCAGCAUGUUCGACGACCAUGUGCGGUUCACUUGGUUGUCAACAUAAAUGCCAAGCAUCUCCAACCGGAGGAACUUGUUACUGUCCAGAAGGAAGAAUUCUUGCCAACGAUUCACGAACCUGCAUUGAUCGAGACGAAUGCUCCGAGUGGGGCUUCUGCGAACAGCUUUGUGAGAAUACUGAUGGCUGGUACACGUGUCACUGCGCGCCUGGCUACAUUCUUCACGGGCACAACAAAUGUCGCGCCCAGAAUAUCUCCGCUUUGGAGCUUCUGCUCGCACAGGAUCGCGCGAUAUGGCGAUUAAGCGCGACCGGUGAGGACCGGAGAAUAAUCGCGAAUACCACUGGCGCCAGCGGAGUAGACUACCUGUAUUCGCGAAAUCUACUCUUCUGGAGCGACAUGAAGACACGAAAAGUUCACUCGGAAUCCCUCAACGUCGGUAGUGAUACCCCAGCCAAAGUGGACAUCAGUAUGGCGGGCUCCUGGGGCCCUGUAUCCAUCGCGAUAGAUUGGAUUGGCGAUAAACUCUACGUGGCGGAUUCUAUUGUGCAAAAGGUGGACGUGUUCGAGUUAGACGGACGUUAUCAUGGAAUCGUGGUGGGUUCUAAUCUCACCAGUCCAAGCGACAUCGCGCUGGAUCCUACGAGAGGCCUCAUGUUCAUCGCUGACAGCAAGCAGGUCCUACGCACUAAUAUGGAUGGUACUAACGCAUUUUCCGUUGUCUCCGAAGCAGCUUACAAAGUCUCCGGCGUGGCCGUUGACAUCAUUGCCAAAAGGAUCUACUGGUGUGAUUCUCUGUUAGACUAUAUCGAAACUGCAGAUUACAGAGGUCACAACAGAGUAAUGAUUCUCAGAGGUUCUCAAGUGCCAUCCGCAAUCAGACUUACUCUGUUUGAAAACAGAAUAUAUUGGACGGAUGCCACCAAGCAGGCCGUCAUGAGCGUCGACAAGACUCAGGGAGAUUAUUCUAUCCAAAGUGUAUUUAAGGUACGCGACGCCAAAGCUAUAAAAGCCUUGCACCCCCUCGCGCAACCUAACCUAGUCUCCAAUCCCUGCGGUAAUAAUAACGGUGGCUGUCAACACAUGUGCAUCGUCACGGCCUCCAGCGAUCAAAACAAUCGAUUAGGUUAUCGCUGCGCUUGCCACAUUGGAUGGCGAUUGGCAAGCGACAUGAGAAACUGCAACUUGGUGCAAGAGUUUCUCAUGUAUUCGCAGCAGAGGUUUAUUAAAGGCCGCGUACUCAAUCCUGUGAUGGAAGGCUUUAGCGAUGCUAUUCUACCGGUCGUAUCAAGACGAGCACGAUUUGUUGGAUUAGAUUACGACGCACAUGACCAGUAUAUCUAUUACAGUGAUGUCCUUCAGGAUGUAAUAUACAGAGUACAUCAGAACGCGACCGGACGUGAAAUCGUCUUGGCUAGUCAAAAUGAAGGGGUGGAAGGACUCGCGGUUGAUUGGGCUGCGAAGAAUUUGUACUACAUUGAUUCACGUAAAGGCACACUAAAUGUACUCAGCACUAGAAAUGUCACGUAUCGGCGAACAUUACUAAAGAAUCUGAAGCGUCCUCGCGCAAUUGUAAUCCAUCCGAAUCAGGGUUACAUUUUCUUUUCCGAAUGGGAUCGACCAGCUAAUAUUAGCAGGGCUCACGCUGACGGUUCCAACCUAAUUGUCUUUAGAAACCUAACUUUGGGCUGGCCAAAUGGUCUGGCGAUCGACUUUACUAAAGAUCGAUUGUACUGGUGCGACGCUCUUCUAGAUCACGUUCAGCACUCAAACCUGGAUGGCACGGAUGUACGAACAGUAAACUCUAGACUGAUUCGACAUCCGUUUUCUAUCGCCAUCCACGAAAAUUGGAUGUACAUCACCGAUUGGCGUCUCGAUGCUAUUAUUCGGCUGCAUAAGGAAACCGGUGAGCAGGAAGCUAUUUUGGUUCGUGAGCCCGCUACCAAUAGACUUUAUGGCGUGAAAGUCUUUAGCCGUGACAUCCAGAAAACGACAAAUACUCAUCCUUGCACCAUUAACAACGGCGGUUGUGAAAAACUUUGCUUUGCUAUUCCGGAUAACUCUUCACAUUCCGAUACCAUCACAUUCCCUGGCAUGCAAUCCAUGCCAAAGCUCACUCAAGUAUGCGGAUGUCCUUAUGGAGAACGUCUUCAGGACAAUAGCAGGAGUUGCGCAGCGGAUCCUGAUGGUGAACCACCUUUGCAAGCAUGUCCACAUACUUGGGAUUUUACUUGCGCAAACCAGAGAUGUGUCCCGAAAUCCUGGGUAUGCGAUGGUGAGAAUGAUUGUCUCGACAAUAGUGACGAAAUGCAAAACUGUACAAAACCAACGUGCAGCGCAAAUGAAUUUCAAUGCAAAUCUGGUCGCUGUGUGCCGAUGACGUUCCAUUGCGAUUCUGAGAAUGAUUGUGGCGAUUACAGCGAUGAGAUUGGUUGCCCGAAUGUGACCUGUAGCGCUAAUCAAUUUGCUUGCGCCAAUAAUCGCUGCAUCCCCGCAACUUGGAAGUGCGAUUCCGAGAAUGACUGCGGCGAUAGUUCUGACGAGGGCGAAUUUUGCGCAGCGAAAACUUGUUCGUACUUCCAGUUCACCUGUCCACGUUCUGGCCACUGUAUACCGAAGUCUUGGGUAUGCGACGGCGAUAGCGAUUGCUUCGAUCAACAGGACGAGAUGGAUUGUCCACCAGUUACUUGUCUCAGUACGCAAUUCACGUGCGCGGAUCAAAAGAUGUGUGUCUUAGCAUCAUAUAAGUGCGACGGCAUUAGUGAUUGCAAUGAUGGAUCGGACGAAGUAGGCUGUCCAUCAUUGGCGCCGGAUCAGUGCAAUGUUGACAAACAAUUCCAAUGUGUUAGUUCAGCUAUCUGCAUACCGAGAAGCUGGUAUUGCGACGGUACCGCAGAUUGCCCGGACAAGUCCGACGAGCCGGAAUCAUGCGGAAAGGUGGAUUGCCAACCUGGAUUUUUCAGAUGCCGGAACGAGAGAUGUGUGUUCAAGGCAUAUAUCUGUGAUGGAAAAGACGAUUGUGGAGAUGGAUCCGACGAAGACACCGAAUUGCACGCAUGCGGUCCUCCUAUAUUCAAAUGCGAUUCCCAACAAUGGAAGUGUCCAAACGUGACAAAUCGUUGCGUAAAUACAACCAGUGUAUGUGACGGCAAACCAGACUGUCCUAAUGGAGCAGACGAAGGACCCGGUUGCGAUCUAGCUGAAUGCAGUCAUCAGGGUGGUUUAUGUACUAAUGCUUGUUUUCAAACUCCACUUGGUGCGCAAUGUACCUGUCCGACCGGUGAAGAACUCAGCAGCGAUGGCUUCACGUGUCAAGACAUAAACGAAUGCGAACCGCAAGGAAAAUGUUCACAGCUCUGCGUGAACACGAAAGGCAGCUAUUAUUGUAGCUGCGUGGAAGGUUACACACUAGACGCUGAUAAGCAUACGUGUAAGGCGUUCAAUCAUAGUGCUGCGUUUUUGAUUAUCUCCAAUAGACAUACUAUUCUGGUAGCUGAUCUUCAGGAUCAAGCGUUGGAAAGAGUUCCUAUCAACGUGGAGAACGUUGUUGCGACUGCUAGUAAUAUGCACACAGGCACUAUUUUUUGGUCGGAUAUGAAACUGAAGCGAAUCUCGCGUUUAGAUCGCGGUAGUGAUCCUCAAGACAUAAUCAGUACCGGUUUAGACUUGGUAGAAGGUUUAGCUUACGACUGGAUUGGACAGAAUCUGUAUUGGUUAGACUCAAAGCUGAAUACAAUCGAAGUAGCUAAAGAGACUGGAGUUGGAAGGAUGAUUCUCGUCAAGGAAAAUAUUACGCAACCACGUGGAAUGUGUUUAGAUCCCAGUCCAGGUGCGAGAUGGCUCUUCUGGACCGACUGGGGUGAAAAUCCUAGAAUCGAAAGAAUUGGAAUGGAUGGUACCAAUCGAUCGACAAUCAUCAGCACAAAGAUUUAUUGGCCUAACGGUUUAGCGCUAGAUAUUGCAAAUCGUAGAAUAUAUUUUGCAGACAGCAAACUAGAUUUUAUCGAUACUUGUCUCUAUGAUGGUAGCAAAAGGCUUCAGGUCCUAGCCAGCUCGCACUAUCUCCUGCAUCCCCAUUCGCUUACUCUUUUUGAGGACACUAUGUAUUGGACCGAUAGACAGCUUAAUCGGGUACUCUCCGCACACAAAUUUAAAGGCUCUAAUCAGACUGUGGUCUCGCACUUAAUUUCGCAACCUCUUUCUAUACAUGUACAUCAUGCAGUACUACAACCGAUUACUGCAAAUCCUUGCGCUAACACAUCAUGUGAACAUUUAUGUCUUCUAUCACCCAGUAAUCCAAAAGGAUACAAUUGUAAAUGCCAGGUUGGAUUUAAAUUGCUACCUGACGGACACUGCAUGGAAGAAGAGACACCAUAUUUAAUGGUUCUUCGAGGUUCUCAAAUCGUUGAUGUUUCUUUGACGCCUAAAGAAACCAAAACUGGGUACAUCACGCCUAUUGUAGGUGUAGAAGGCGGAAGAUUUAUUGAGUAUGAUAGAAAGAACCGUAUCAUUUACUGGUUGCAAGGUAAAGAUAGUGACAACGAAAAUGGCACGAUUUACUCCAUUCCCUAUAAUGGUGGCAACCGGACAGAGUUUCCAAAUCCUUCCGGUGAUACUGGUAUCGUCGGUUCACCAUCUACUAUGGCGCUGGAUUGGCUCGGACGCAAUAUGUUUAUUGGCAACAAAUUUGCAUCAAAUAUCGAAGCUAUCAAAUUAGAUGGCAAAACUCGAUUCCGCACAAUCGUUUUGGCAAACGAUGGAAAUCGAACGUCAGUAUCUAAACCGAAAGCAAUGUGCGUAGAUCCCAUUGACGGACAAGUGUUUUGGGUGGACGAUGGAGGUUUUGGAGUACCCCAGAAGAUCGGAAGAGUAAACAUGGACGGCAGUAAUCCAUUGGUUCUUGUAGAGAAUCUAGACCGUCCUGAAGCAAUUACUAUUGAUAUACCUAGCAAGACGCUAUAUUUCUCCUGCCAGAAUCCGGCUUUCAUUAAAGCUAUGUCGACGGAUGGUCUGAAUGUUCGCACUAUUCUCACUACGGCAAACAACAUGGCUUUGCCUAAAGCGAUAGCUGUUCAUGAGUCUCGUCUAUACUACUUGGACCCGCUUUAUGACAAAAUUGAGCGUGUCGAUUUACCUAAUGGCGAUAACCCAACCACCAUUAUUGAUAACGAUUCUGAGCUUCGUACGCUAACCAUUUAUAAAAAACGUGCAACUGGAUCUCAUCCUUGUUUUGUGAACAAUGGUGAUUGUGAACAGCUUUGUUUGCCUGCGUCUGGAGGUACACGUGUUUGUGCUUGCGGAAUGGAAUAUAAGAAGGUCACUGAAACCAGAUGCGAACCUUACAAAACUUUUGCUGUGGUAACUCAGCUAGAUGUUGCCAGAGGCUAUAGUCUUAAGGACUCCAAAGAAGCUAUGAUUCCCAUUACUGGAGUUGGUCAUCAUAUUCUGCAUGUUGACGUACAUUAUGCAGGCAAUUGGAUAUAUUGGGUGGAAUUUAAUCGAGGCAUUUGGAAUGGUAUUUUCAGAAUACGACCCAACGGUACAGAAUUGCAACAAGUGAUUAAACAGGGAAUUGGUUCCAACGGAAUUCGCGGUCUAGCUGUAGAUUGGAUCGCAGGAAAUUUAUACUUUGCUAACGUCUUUCCUCAUGACAACUACGUAGAGGUUUGCUGGUUAGAUGGUUCUAACAGAAAGGUGCUUGUGAAAACCACGACAGAUGCUCCUCGGGAGUUGGCAGUAAAUCCUAUCAAACGAUAUUUGUAUUGGAUCGAUUAUGGACAAUACCCUCGAAUAGGCAAAGCCUUCCUCAACGGUAGCAAUUGGAUCCCUAUUGUCACGUCCCGUAUUAGCACACCGCGUGAUCUGACGAUCGACCUUGCGACACAUGACGUUUAUUGGGUAGACUCGAAAUUGGACACCAUCCAGAAAGUGUCCUACACCGGUGGAAACCGAGAAAUCAUCCGUCGGAAUUUGCCAAAUCCAAUGGGCGUUGCCAUUUUUGGCGGAGACGUCUACUGGGUGGAUCGAAAUUUGGCCACAGUUUUUAAGGCAAGCAAAUUGAAAGGCAAUACCAGUCUUCCUGUUCCCGUCAGAACAAAUUUACAAAAGCUGAGAGACAUCGCUAUCUUCGAUCAAAAUAGUCAACCACCAGAUAUCACAAAUCCUUGCUCGCAGGUAACAAAUGGCGGAUGCUCUCAACUAUGCUUUGCUUUUCCAAAAGACAAUCCUAAAUCAUUUACUUGCGACUGCGCAGUAGGUAAAAUCUCUUCUGAUGGUCGCACCUGCGAAAACGUUGAAGAAUAUCUGGUAUUUGCCACGCGAACUGAAAUUCGAGCCAUUAAUAUAGAUCCGCACAAUACUAACGUACCUUUCGCACCUGUUGGAAAUCUGACAAAUGUAGUCGGAGUGGACUUUGAUUAUCAAGACAAGAAACUGUUGUUUACUCAAAUUCGUCCUUGGGCGAAGAUUGCGUGGACGCCGUCGGAUCGACCGACAUCCUCCGAUUUACAUACACUAAUCAGUAAAGGAAUUAAUCCUGAAGGUAUUUCAUAUGAUUGGACUCAGAAAAAAGUUUAUUGGACAGAUUCGUCUAACAACAGCAUUUACGCGAUGGACAUCGAUGGAACAAACUUGGUGAUGAUUGCACGUGUGGAUCGUCCACGCGCUAUUGUCGUUGAUCCCUGCAAUGGCUCUCUUUAUUUCACGGAUUGGGGUCGUUUUGGGACAUCCGGGAAGAUUUUCAAGACGACCAUGGCAGGAUCGUUAAAACGCGCCAUUAUUGACAAAGAUCUUUCGCAACCCAGUGGUUUAGCAAUUGACUAUGACGAUCGGAUGCUGUACUGGACCGAUGCUGUCCGUGAGAAAAUUGAACGGUCUGAUCUCGAAGGAAAAAACAGGGAGAUUCUAGUUAGUGCUACUAUCUAUCCCUUCGCUAUCACUGUCUUCAGGGAGCAUAUUUAUUGGACAGAUCUUCAGCUUCGUGGAGUAUAUCGAGCAGAGAAACACACUGGGGCAGACAAAAUUGAGUUGGUAAAGCGAUUGGAAGACUCACCACGAGACCUUCAUGUCUUCUCCGCGUCUAGACAGCAGUGCACUGUUAAUCCUUGCAACAUCAAUAACGGCGGCUGUGAUCAAUCCUGCCAUCCAAGCCACAACGGCUCUGCCGAAUGUAAAUGUGACGAUAACAGCAGAUUAGUGAAUGAAGAUAGAAUGUGUGUACCAAAGAACGUCACUUGCGAUGGGAACAAGUUUGCUUGUAGGAACGGCAGAUGUAUCUCUAGAAUGUGGGCGUGCGAUGGCGAUGAUGACUGCGGCGAUGGUUCUGAUGAAGAUACCAGUUACUGCUCUUAUCACUCAUGCAGCCCGAACGAGUUUCGUUGCAACAACGGUCGAUGUAUUUUUAAAACAUGGAAAUGCGAUCACGAGAAUGACUGUCGGGACGGUAGCGAUGAAGAAGGAUGCGUUUAUCCUCCUUGUGCACCAGGAGAAUUUACAUGCGCUAAUCACCGCUGCAUUCCGCAAUCUCAAGUGUGCAACGGUAUUAACGAUUGUAAAGACAACGUUACUUCCGACGAAACACAUGAACGAUGUCCUCGUAACACUACAUGCCCGGCGAAUCAUCUCAAGUGCGAAAAGACAAACAUCUGCGUGGAACCUUACUGGCUCUGCGACGGCGACAAUGAUUGUGGUGACAAUAGCGAUGAAAAUCCGAUUCAUUGUGCUCAGAGAACUUGUCCUCAGAACAGCUUCCGAUGUCCUAAUCACAGGUGCAUUCCAGCCACAUGGUACUGUGACGGAGACGAUGACUGUCUAGAUGGAAGCGACGAGCCUCCUGGUUAUUGCCAAUCCGAAGGUAGAACAUGCUUCGGUGAUCUGUUCACGUGCGAUAAUGGCAAUUGCAUUCCUAGAAUUUACAUCUGUGACGGAGACAACGAUUGUCUGGAUAACUCUGACGAAGACGAGCGUCAUCAAUGCAAUGACAGAAAAUGCGACGAAGAAACCGAGUUCACUUGCACCGCGAACAAAAUGUGGAAUCGCGCCCAGUGCAUCCCGAAGAAAUGGCUAUGCGACGGUGAUCCAGAUUGCGUUGACGGAGCUGAUGAGAAUGUAACUUUGCAUCACUGUCCAGCACCAACUCCUUGCGCUGACACUCAGUUUACGUGCAACAACGGACGAUGUCUGAAUCGCAACUGGUUAUGCGAUCAUGAUAACGAUUGCGGCGACGGUAGCGACGAAGGCAAAUUCUGUAAUAAUCAGUACAAGGCUUGCAGCUCUCAAGAGUUUACUUGUCAGAACUUUAAAUGUAUACGCAAGCAAUUCCGCUGUGAUGGCCAGGACGAUUGCGGCGAUCAUUCAGACGAAGUAGGAUGUCCGUCUAAAGGAAAGAAUACAACAUGCACGAAUCCAAAGGACUUUAUGUGCGCGAACGGCAACUGCAUUGACUCGUGGCUGGUGUGCAACAAGGAACCGGACUGUGCCGAUGAAAGUGACGAGCCGCUACACUGCAACGUGGACGAGUGCGCUCGCGUUGAGUUGAACCAGUGCGGACACAAAUGCGUGGAUACGCCGACUAGCUUCUACUGCGAAUGCAAUCCUGGCUAUAAGUUACUGGCCGACGGCAAAGCCUGCGACGACAUUGACGAGUGCAUCGAAACACCCCAAGUAUGCAGCCAACAAUGCGAGAACACGCCUGGCGGUUACUAUUGCAAGUGCAACGAACGAUGGUACGAGAGGGCGGCCGACGAGCAUACGUGCAAACGAAGGGACAAUAUUCAGCCGUGGAUCAUAUUCACAAACAAGUAUUACGUUAGAAACAUGUCAAUUGACGCGUCUAACUACAGCCUAAUGCAUCAGGAUUUGAUUAAUGUCGUUGCGCUUGACGCGGACUAUGGCCAGCAGAUGCUGUACUUCUGCGACGUCACUGCGAAAACAAUAUACAGAGCACCAGUGAAUGGAGGCGAGAGGGAACCAAUCAUUCGUCACGACAGUUUGGGUCUCGAAGGUAUUGCUAUCGAUUGGGUUGGUCGGAAAUUGUAUUGGUUGGAUCGUCACGCAAAGCACUUGGACGUUGCCGAACUUGAUGGUACGAAUAGAAAAACUUUGUACACCGGAAUUGCGGAUCCACGUGCAAUCGCAGUUCAUCCUGGUACCGGAUAUCUGUACUUUACGUCUUGGCAUCUUCAGGCAUAUAUCGGUAAAAUGGGUAUGGAUGGUAGCAACAUGUCUCGAAUUCUGACAUGGGAAGACGACAUCGCCUGGCCAAACGCUCUGACAAUCGAUUAUUUCACUGAUCGCAUCUUCUGGGCCGAUGCCCAUCUGGAUUAUAUCGCCUUCGCUGAUCUCGAAGGUCAUAAUCGUCGUAUUGUCCUGUCUGGCGCUUCGGUGCCACAUGUAUUUGCCAUUACUGUGUUCGAUGACUUUAUUUACUGGACUGAUUGGAACUUGAAGGCUAUUAGCAGGGCGGAGAAAUUCUCCGGGGAGCGCCUACAAGUGUUACGCAAUACCACCCAUCGGCCUUACGACAUCCAUGCCUAUCACCCUCUUCGGCAGUUGCCCUAUAACAAUCCCUGUUCAGAGAACAAUGGUGGUUGCUCGCAUCUUUGCCUCAUUGCACCGCCCGCUAGCUCAUACUUGCUCGAAGGAUACGGCCAGCCUGGAGUCACCUCCUACAAAUGCAAAUGCCCAAAUCAGUUCAUUCUAGAUAAAGAUGGUAAGACGUGCAUAGCGAAUUGCACCGCAGGCCAGCAUCGUUGUGGACCACCCGACGAGAAGUGCAUCCCUUGGUACUGGAGGUGUGACGGAGAGAAGGAUUGCAAGGAUGGUUCUGAUGAAUCGUCGAGUUGUCCAACGAGGAUUUGUCGACCAAGCGUGUUCCAAUGCGCGAACGGAAAUUGUACGCCGAGCGUAACAAUCUGCGACGGAAUUGACGAUUGUGGUGACAAAAGCGACGAAACUAAGUGCACGCUUGAAUGCGGGGAGCUCGAGUUCAAAUGCAAAUCUAAUGGCCGUUGCGUGCACGAUUCCUGGAAAUGCGAUGGAGACGCUGACUGCAAAGACGGCAGCGAUGAAGAUCCUUCUAUUUGUCACAACCGUGCUUGCGAUCCGAGCACCGAGUUCAGUUGCAAGAAUGGCAAAUGCAUUCCCAAGCUAUGGAUGUGCGACUCUGAUAACGACUGCGGCGACGAUAGCGAUGAACCAGCGUAUAUGUGUCGACAAAGGAACUGCACGACUGGAUGGCAGCGCUGUCCAGGACACGCAAACUACCGAUGCAUACCAAAGUGGCUGUUCUGCGAUGGCAAAGACGAUUGUCGCGACGGUUCCGAUGAGCGUUCAGAGAAUUGUCCGAAGUGCGACCCCAAGAUGGACUUUAAGUGCGCCAACAACCGGUGUGUGCCAAAACAAUGGUUAUGCGACUUCGCUGACGAUUGCGGAGAUGGUAGCGAUGAGACGGAUGCGAUGUGCAAGAACAAAUACCGUCAAUGCUCCGAAUCCGAAUUCAAGUGCAGAAACGGUAAGUGCAUCGCAUCUAGAUGGAGAUGCGACAGCGAGGACGACUGUGGCGACAAUAGCGAUGAGGAGCAAUGCCAUCAAUGGGUGUGCAAGAAUGAGAGCUUCCAAUGUGCCAGCGGUCAUUGCAUCGCGUCAUAUCUUCGUUGCGACGGAGCGAGAGAUUGUCGCGACAUGAGUGACGAGAUCAACUGCCCACCGAGAUAUCCCGGGGGAAGAUACUGCCCGCAAUCGCGAUUCCAAUGUAACAACAAUCUUUGCGUUUCAAUGAACGAUAUCUGCGAUGGUACCGACGACUGUGGUGAUAAUUCCGACGAGAGUCCCACUAUGUGUGCAAACUUCCAGUGUGAUACGCACAGACGAUUCCAGUGUGCCAACCAUAAGUGUAUCGCCAGAUACCAAUUGUGCGAUGGGAUCGACAAUUGUGGUGACGGUUCCGACGAGAACAACAUGACGAUGUGCGUGAAGCAGACUCGUCCGUGCGACCCGAUCACGGAAUAUACCUGCGCAAACAAGAAGUGCAUCGAUCAUUUGAAACUCUGCGAUCUCGCGGACGAUUGUGGGGAUCAAUCGGACGAAUUGGGAUGCCAUCAUAGUCAUCACUGUACGGACAAUGACCGCGGCGGUUGCGCUCACGAGUGCCACAAUCUCAUGGACGGCGGCUACAUCUGCGCCUGCUAUUCCGGUUAUAUAAUCUCGCAGGAUAACCGGAAGCACUGUGUAGACGUUGACGAAUGCCAAACCGGUAGUCAUCAAUGCUCUCACAUCUGCACAAACUUGAAUGGCACAUACGCCUGCUCCUGUCGGCAAGGUUUCCAAUUAUCGGACAGACAUAGUGGAGUGUGCCGCGCUGAGGAUGAUAAUGUUGUCGUGCUGUUCGCCAAUGGACCCGAACUCCGGGCCUACGAUCUACGUACUAGGGAAGAGAUGGAUGUGAUAGACAACGAAAAGAGAGUACAGGCCAUCGAUUUUGAUCCCAGAACGGAAUACGUUUUCUGGAUUGACUCGUAUGAUAACACUAUCAAACGAUCCUACAUGGUGAACGCCAAAGAAGGCGAGGCGAAGAUUGGUCACGCGCAAGACCUCAAUAUGAGGACUGACUCCAGGCCAACAAGCUUAGCGGUGGAUUGGAUCUCCGGUAAUUUGUAUUGGAGCGAAAUUGAUCAAUCGGGAACCACUCCUCGUGGUCAAAUUAUGGUAUCUAAAUCGGACGGCAGAUAUCGACGUAGUAUAAUUACAACGAAUCUUGAACAACCAACAGCAGUAGUUGUAGAUCCCGAAAGAGGAGAAGUUGUAUGGGCCGAUUCGGGUAAUCAACCAAAGAUUGAGAUUGCCUGGAUGGAUGGAGCUAGACGCAAAUUGCUCGUGACAGAACGGAUCGCUAAUCCUUCAUCGCUCACCAUUGACUACGCCAUGGAGCACACACUUUAUUGGUCCGAUAGCAAACUGGACACUAUCGAGGCGAUCAGUUUGGCCGGUACCAACAGGAGAAUCGUUUUGAAGGGCAGACCGCUCAGAAAUCCAAUAGCACUAGAUGUCUUUGAGAACAACCUUUAUUGGACUACCAAGCAAACAGGUGAACUAAUACGACAGGAUAAAUUCGGCAGAGGAGUUCCGCAGACCAUCGUCAAGAAUCUCCCUAGUCCCGGAGGCGUCAGAAUCUAUCAUCAGUUAAGAUAUAAUACCAGUUUGAGAGAUCCAUGUCAUAGCGAUCAGUGCACUCAUUUGUGUGUGACAAUUCCUGGCGGUCACCGUUGUCUUUGCUCAGAUAGCGUAGGCGCGUUUCAACGUACUAGAGAGGACAACGAAAGGCACUGCGAUGCCACAAAUGAAAGACCUUUGCCAGAGCCCAGGGUAUGUCGCUGUCAGAACGGUGGACGGUGUCAAGAACUGGACGACAAGCUGGCGUGUAACUGUCGCGAAGAUUUCCAUGGCGAAUUCUGCGAAACGGCUGCAGUCGCCGCUCGAGAAAGCGGAUCUACUGCUGCUAUAGUUAUUCCCAUAGUUAUAUGCCUGCUGGUGUUGUGUUGCGCCGCUGCGAUUUUCAUGGUUCUCAAGAAGCGACCAUUUGGCAAGCCCGGUGGCCUCGGCAGUCUCACAGGUGCUCAAAGUGUUUCCUUCCGCCAAGGCAGCAAUGUGGAGUUUGGUACGGAAGGUCACGAAAGAAUGGAACCUCUCGAUGUGGAGUACAACUUGAACGACGUUACCAAUAAAAAUCGAGAUUUUAGUAAUCCAAUGUAUGAUGCGGUAAAUAUGGAGAGCGGCACCACGAACGGCACCGGCACCGGCAGUAUGUACGAAGUGCCGGCGGAGAUGAAGCCGUCGAGCAUACAACACAAAGAGCCCCCGCAGCUGCAUCUGAAGAGGAGAGAACUAGACCCGACGCCUAUCGACUCGGGGAAGGAUACUCAACAACUGGUCGAGGAGGACAAGUCCGAGUGCUAAGGCCAUGAUUCCUGUUUAGGAAUUCCUUCUAGAUCUGUUGUGUUUUGAACUUGAACCGCAGGGUGGAAAUGUUCCACCUGCGAAAAAUGCAUAGGAACAUAAACGCAAAUUAGUUUACCAGUUUUAUGUAAACUUCGCAACUGCUCGUGUGCGUUUAUUUAUUAAGCUAUUCACCGAGAUGUUUCGAACAUGUGACGAUUGAUUCAAGGUUCUGUCGUACCUAGCGAUCCGCAGAUAUAAGAAUAUCGGGAUCUCUAGAUUUCUGAGAAAGAGAGGAUAUCAGAAUUAUAAAUUGUUAUAGAGGGAAAAAAGAGAGUUUUACACGAAUUUGUAAAAAAAAGCUUCGAUGGAAAAAUCUCCCGAUCCCGAAUUAGAUUCGAAAAUCUUUUAGAGUUUCUUUUUCUCUCUUUUUGGAAUGAAAGAAAAUUUAGGGGCAUCCCCCAGACACUUUUGACGAAAGAAAGAAAUAUCGUGUAAUAGUCAUAAGUCUAUAACUUCCCUAUAAUAUACAUCUGAGAACCUCAACGUAUUUAGGUUUUCAAUUUCCGGCGUUCUCAGAGACGUAUGAGAAUCCUUGACCACGGAUUCUCAUAAAUCUCCAGAUUCUUCCAGCCAGGAAUUGUGAACUGGCUUUAGGAUCUCGAAAUUUCGGAAAGUAUAGAAUGGACGCCAGAUGAACAAUGGUCAUUAGUUGAAUCGAUGGCAUCGAUUAUUUCGCAGAGGAGGGAGUAGGGCGAAAGCGAAUUGCAAUAGGCACGACUGUGUCAUUUUUUACUAGGUGUGUGAUUUGUAAGUCUUGUAAAUAUAAUUGCUAACAAAGUAUAAUGUUCAUGUGUUAUCCGUGUACCAUAAAAGACGCAACACAUUCCAUUCUUUCUCGAGGUUGCUGCUUGAAGUGUAACGACAACUGCGUGACACUUUCAAUAACUAGGAUGUGUAUGUAUAUGUGUGUGUAUGCAUGCACGUACGCGUGGUGCUCAAAUCGGUGCACUCUCGACUUUUAAGUAAUCUUUUAGAUUAACAAUACGGCGAAAUUAUGUUGCAAAAGAGAUAAUAAUUUGUUACUACUUUAUUCAAUAAUCCAAAUCAUUGGAGAUUCAAUAAAAGUAAAAUUUGAUAAAAUAAGCAUAGCUUUAGUGUUUGCUUUUACCAUUUGAGCACUUAGUGUACGCGUGAAAUUUAGUCUCAACUACGGCGGGAUCAAGUUUAACUUUGAUAGAGACCUGUAUAAAAUUUAAAGGUAUUGAUCAAUAUAUACCUUAUUUAAUUUAAUGUCUUCAUAGUAUUCAUUUCUUUUAUGUAUUAUAAAGUGAAGUAAUAAGGAGUCUAAUAUCAUCUCUACAAUGGCCAAUGAUUAGUGAAAGUUCUCGGGGUUUAAGUUGAUUCUGCUGGCUAAAUUACCAUAGUUGAGCAUUAAUGAUGCACGUACGUUCAAAAAGCGGUAUUCUUAGCGGAGUAUUUUUGUAAAGCGUGGCGUUAUAUAGUUUUUUAUGUUGAAAAGUGGCCUUUUCCUUGUCAUGGUAAGUAGAGCAUGUUAGCUCAAGGAGCAAAAUAGACGUUUCACGCAUGAGCGUUAUUAAAUAUUAUUCUUUUUGUGAAUAUUAUUACAGAACACAAUCUUGACUUUACGACAGAAAGAAACGUCUCUUGCGCAGCGAACAUUUUGUGUUUUCAAAAUAUUCGUUCGACCACAGCAUUGUACAUUUUUCUAGAUUGUGUGAGAGAUAUUUCUACAAAAGAUGGCUAAAUUAAAAGGAAUCGAUGACAAUUUGUUCUUGGAGAUCAAUCCCUUAAUCUAAAUCGGAGAUUUCGAUAGUUCUGCACAUACCUUAUCUUUUUUUUUUUACUACUCCCGAUGCUUAACAAUUGCCACUGUUUUACGUUUUCUAAUUGUUUCAUCUCUUCCGUAAAAAUAACAAACAACAAAUUAAAAUAAUUCUAUAAAACUUAAUGUGCAUUAAAAUUGUAAAUAUUUUUUAAAUAUUUGAUUGUAUAAAUUAAACUAAUUACUAGCAUCAAUUAUUUUGAAUUCAAUUCUCAUCAAGAUCAAUAUAGAUCAAGUGUCAGAAAAUUCCUUUUAAUGCAUAUAAUUUUUUCAGGGUCAGUAAGCGUAAUUCUUCUUCCGUGCAAACUAUGAUUUUAAUGUAAUAAUUGCAUAGAUUGCAUUUUAAUAAUUCACUCAGUGCAAUUUAUUUCCAAGUUCUACAAGAGAAAUAAAUUGUUAAGUUCAAUCCUUAAGACUUUAAAAAUUUUUUUCUCUCGUAACAUUGCAGUUUUAGAAUGAAGUAGAAUAGAAGUAUCUUUUAAUUCUAUAAUUAUUAAAUAAUUUAAACGCACAGAGUCCGAAGAAGAAGCACUCUCGCAAGUAAUCGAUCUAGAGAGAAUUCAAGAAUAUUCAAAAUAAAACCUACAGAGAUUGUAAAUCAAAUACUGUGUACGUUAUACACGAUACUUUACAAGAACAAAGGGAAAAGAAUUAUCAACACUGACCCAUCUUCCACGCAGAUUAUUAUACAUAAAAGAGUAUAUAAAUAAAUAAAUAUAUAUAUA